AUGUACAUGAACAACACACUCAUACCGCCGUCUCCUUAUACUCAUUAUUCUGUACCAAGACCUUCAGUACCCAACCUCAGUGGAAGUCUCCCUGAAUGUCCCUUGGUGUUGUUUCUCAAAAUACGGCGAUACCGUCUUUCUAGAAUCAAAGUCUCUGCUUAUUUUACCAAUGCCUUCCGCCCCAGUAUGGUGAUACUACCCCAGAGAAUUUCUAGAAACUCGGAUGCGACAUAUCGUGUUCCACGACUCAGGGCUCACGACUCAGGGCUCACGGCUCCAUACAUUUUCUCUGUUCACGGACUUCUCAUACGAUCUCGUAUUACCUUAUGGGAUUCAAAGUAUCUACACCGUCUCCAACUUGUGAAACAAAAUGUCACAUAA